CAAAUUGGUUACAAGAUCUCUACGAAUCGCAAUGGAUAUGGCACGCACGUUGACAUUAUAUUCACAUCGAUGUUCCCAUCUGCCACGGCUGAUUUUUACACGGUGGUUUAUUGCUGCACGUUGAUUGGCGGUGGUCUCGGAGAUUGCCUGACGCAGACAUCACCUCGAAGCGACGCCUAUCAUAACCAUGAAGAGCUCUUUGUGUCAAGAGUCGAGGUCAACCCUGGUUCUUCUGACCUGGAAUUUCCAAGAAAAUUGAUGGCUACUUCCAGAGAAACCAUGCGACGCCCUCUUCUGCUGCCUUCGGCUUCGGUCGUUUUGCUCUUCUUAGAAGCUGAGACGCUUUACCGCAUGACCACUGGCCUGGAGAUGAUGAUCACAAGGGUUCUGCCGAAUUUCCAUGCACAUGUCUACAAUCUCUGAGAACCUUUCAAUGACUUUCACUCCUGACUCUCCAGACCCAUGAACAUUUUUGAUACACUUAUAUAUACGAUGUCUUGCAGAGCUGGCCUUGCUAGACUUGAGCGUCCCCCUUCCCCUGUGCGCACUGAACUAAAUCGAGAUGUUUCACUUAUGUUUCGCUCUGUUGCUGCUUGCAAGUCUAUCAUUUUCCUUUCCUCUGGCUAGUCUGGGUAACAAUCAGAUGCGAGACGUUCCAGACUUUGUUCGGCAAUAUGCGCCCGUAGCAUACCUUUGCUCCACGGAAAUAUAUUUUCCCAGCGACAUAGGGGCGCAAAUCGCCCAUACGCAUCCUGAAGACGACUUUGGGAACGCCAUCACGCCGCCUACAGCCUUGACCUUGUCCAACCUCGAUGGCCUGAAUGCCUUCGCGGACGGCGGCAUAAACGUGUACCUGACUUCCAACGAAGGCAUCCAGGCACUUCCAUCUUGGUUUAGGGGCUCCCGCCCGCAAGCCGAUGGCAGCACACCCUCCAUCGUCGGCUGCGCGGUGGUGACGGUGGCCAAACCCAACGACACUCUCGACGCGUUUUACUUCUACUUCUACGCCUACAACCAGGGAAACUGGGUCCUGGGGACGCCGACACUCGAGUUCGGCGACCACGUGGGGGACUGGGAACACACCAUGGUUCGGUUCGUCGACGGCGCACCCACGGCGGUGUACUACUCGCAGCACAGCAGCGGUGAGGCGUUCACCUACGCGGCGACCCAAAAGGGUCCCGACGGCGUAAGGCCCGUCGUGUACGUCGCCAACGGGACGCACGCCAACUACGCCAUCCCGGGACCGCACGACCACACGUUGCCUGAUUUGAACACAGUCGCGGGUCCAUUGACCGACCAUACUGACCAGGGGCCGACGUGGGAUCCGAUUGUGGACGCGUACGUGUAUAGCUUCGACAACACCACGGGGGUGUUCGAGGCGUACAACGGCGUAGAUCCGGUAGGUUGGUUGAACUUUGCGGGACGGUGGGGGGACAAUCAGCUCCCUGAUAGUACGCCAGGCCAGAUCGACGUAUUUGGGGAGAGAAAGUACGUCGCCGGACCUACGGGGCCGAGGGACAAGGACCUGGGGAGGACGGGCGUGUGUCCCAACGGGAAGAGUUGUGAUGUCAGGGAUGUCUUGGUGCCGUGAUGGUUUUGGACAAAGGACCUCGAAUGAGCUCGUUUACUUGUAAUUGUCCUUUCUUGGGACAGAUCAACGGCGUGGAUCGGUUUGGGCACGAGCAGCGGCAUAUGGUAAUGAAUAUGGUAAUGAAUAUGGUAAUGAAUAUGGUAAUGAAUAUGGUAAUGAAUAUGGUAAUGA